GAUCUCACUUAUCGUCCCUGAUUACAAUGGAAUGGCUGACAAGUUAAUAAUAAAAAUUAUUUUCUAAAAUUGUAAUUCAGUUUUUAAAUUUAAAGCCAGUGUUAGAUUGAUAUCUGUAUAUAGUCUGUAUUCAAUUUUGGAAGAAAAUGGCAACUUUAAUAAGAACUAUUUGGCUCGGGUAUGGUUUUAUCUUCGAUGAAUUAGCAGAUCCAAGAACCAAAUCAUGGUUUUUAGUGGCCAAGCCGUAUCAAGGAUUGUGCGUACUCGGGCUAUACCUGUUGUUUGUACUGAAAAUCGGACCGAAUUGGAUGAAAAACAGACAGCCAUUUAAUGUCGAUAAACUUAUGAUAAUACAUAAUCUUAUCCAAGUUUUGGCGUGCUCUUACGUCUUUUAUGAGGCCAUCAUAUACGCGUGGGGCUGGAAGUAUAGAUGGUUCUGCGAACCUAUAGAUUAUAGCUAUACUGAACAUGCAUUAAACGUGGCUGGAAUGGUUCACCACUACUACAUGCUCAAAUAUCUGGAUUUACUUGACACGAUAUUCUUCGUUCUAAGAAAGAAGUCCAACCAAAUUUCAUUUCUCCAUAUUUACCACCACACAGGAAUGGUGAUGAUGAUUUGGGGAGCAGUAACAUAUUUCCCAGGUGGUCAUGGAACUCUGAUAGGCAUGGUGAACUCCUUCGUGCACGUAGUGAUGUAUGGCUACUACCUUCUCACCGUCGCGAUGCCAAGUGUGAAACAGUCGUUGUGGUGGAAAAAACAUAUUACGCAAAUACAAAUUAUUCAGCUGGCCUGGUGCUGUAUCCAUAUGUUUGUCUUGGUCUUCAAGCAAGACUGCGGAUACCCACGUUGGGUAGCAAUACUCUUCCUCCCUAAUGAUUUGUUUAUGCUAACUUUAUUCGUGGACUUUUACAUAAGGACCUAUAUAAAGAAACCGAAGGUUACACCAGUUCAGUCUGAAAGCAAAGAAAAGAUGUUUGAAGAGUCGAUCGUACGGCAACGGACUGUUGUAGACAGUCAAAAGGAAUUAUGAUUUUUAAAUAAUAAAAAUAUCUCUCUUAUAGAGAGAUCUCUCUUUAGAGAUAUUUUUAAUAGAUACGGACAUUACUAAAAAUUUAUUAAGAAUAUACCACCUUAUUAAUAAAAUCUGACGAUACUCAGAUUUUUCAUUCCGUAGAAUUCUGACAUUUCAUAAGUGUUGCUACUAAAAAAGUUCUCCACCGAAAAAGAGACAAACUUGACUUAUGAUGGCAAUAAAAAAAAUGCCACGUAUUUUUUACGUUUUACCUACAAAAAGGUAAAUCUAAAUAUUUACUUAAUCGAGUGACCUAAUACAAAAAUAACAAAUAUUUCAAUAUCACGAACAAUAUAUCGAAUUAACUCUAAUUACUUUAUUCAUGUUUUAUAUUCAUGAUGUUCAGCCUCGUAAUGAAAUUGAAAUAUGUGCCCGGCCAAAAAUGUUUGCCAUCUCUGACAUGUCAAAAAAUGAUAGCUGUCAGAAUUCUACGGAAUUAAGAAUCAGAGUAUAAUUGUUUCAACUAACUACCGUAACUAAUGUACUUAAGGUCUCUUUUCACCACAGCGUAGACACAAUUUAAUGGAAAGAGACGAAAGAGUACUUCAGUUAAGAUUAUUUAAGUUAAAAGAGUAUUUAAGGAGAUAUGAAAGAUAAAUGGUAAAUAUAUAUUUUUAAGUUUAAGUUAUGUUCUUGUUCUAUUAUAUGUACGAAAUAAAAAUAUAGUAUAAUAAUUAAAAUUAUUUAAACUCCUUUGUCAACCUAACCCUUAUGUAAUGUAUGUCGCAGCCAACUAGCUUAAUUAGCCCUUCAAUCAACAGCCUAGCCUAUUUACUAAACAGCGUCGGAAAACCACAACUUUGACGGUGUGCAAAGUUUAAUAAAAAGUACAAUGGAAGAGUGUAGUGACAAUAAUAAUGUGAAUUUAUCUGUGACUGACUUAAG